AUGUCGAUCAAAUCCGCCAAAGCUUCAGUCUCAUCGGGGACUUUGUCACGAGUAUUCUGGCAUCUCCUUCGAAUAUGCCUUUCGUUCACGCUGCUGUUUGUCGAUAACACCAUUCUCGUGGUCGCGGGAUUCCUAUCCUAUCUCCGACCAGCUAAUCGACGCCGAGAAACACAACGGAGUGUACGCUUUUACCCGAAAACAGUCCUCAUCACAGGCAUAGGAACAGCCCACGGCCUGACUCUGGCAAGGUCAUGGGCUGUAGAAGGCCACCGCGUCAUUGGGGCCGAUGUUACAGACCUGGACCUGCCCGUGCGCUCCGGCGGGAGCAUGUCCAAGGCCCUGGUGGCAUUCUACCGGAUCCCUAAGGACCAUUACAUCCCCCGGCUACUCGAUGUUAUCCACCGCGAAAAGGUCGACCUGUGGAUUCCAUGCUCGCCCAAGGCAUCCUCCAUUGAAGAUGCGACAGCCCGACAGGUUGUUGAGAGUCGCACUAGCUGCAAGUGCAUCACCUUCGACACCGAGUUAGCGGCUUGCUUCACCCAUCCCGAUUCUUUCAGGCAGUAUGUGAUCGAGAGAGGUCUUCCUGUGCUUGAGUAUCACAGGGUCCAAUCGCGCGACUCUGUGCACAAGAUCUUGCACCGGUCGCCCUCCAAAACCUACCAGAUCUCCCGCGCGAGCCCAUGUGCGAAUGACAAGGCUAUGCUCUUGCCGAGGCGUACGCUGAGCAAGACAUACACAAUGGUCAGCGAGAUUCAGAUCUCCAAGGACCGGCCCUGGAUUCUGCAGCAACAAUCUCGUGUUGGAGAGCUAUUCGCCGACCUACUGAUUGUGCGUGGACAUAUUCAAGCCAUUAAGGUUCGGCUUUCGGAUUCUGGUUCGUCUACGUGGGGUACCUCGCGUCUAGACGAGGCUCUGGCCGCUUCAGUCCAUAGAAUUAUGCAAACAUUGGCAGCCAAAGGUGGUGUUCGCUUGACAGGCCAUCUCUCUGUCAGACUCAUGGUCGAUGAAGAGUUCGACGCGCAUUCUGUCCGACACACUAUCUACAUCGCCGGCUGUACACCUGGCGCUAGAGCCGUCUAUAAUCUGCUGUAUAAUGUACCUUGCCCCAUUGCAGGCUAUCUAUCUGUGUUCCCUUCCAAUCCAGUCGAUACAGCCAACAUCGCAGUGGCACUGUCAUCAACCCGUUCAGCGCCAACAUUUGCCCGAGCCGCCAUUCUUCCCGCUGCUUUUUUGCAGUUUUCGUUGUUUCACUUUGCACUCACAGCUCUUGAAGUUGCAGAGGCAGAACUAGUGAGGCUGUUGUUCUGGAAAGACCCGCUGUUCUCUUUUCUUGAUCCGGUUCCUUGGUGGUGGCAAGUGCAUGUCUAUCAACCAUUGCGAGAGAUCUGGGUGUUGAUGAAACAAACACGCGAGGCGGGAUUGACUUGA